AAAGCUUAUAUUACUAGCUGUUAUAAGGGUAAUAUAAGGAAGUAUUUAAUACUUAGAUUCUAUUUAAGUACAACCAAUCUUUAUGAUAAUACUAAGGAUAUAUUAGAAUAUCUGAAAAUUAUUUUUAUUAAUUUUUAUAAGAUUUAUAAUGCUUGCUACUAG